AUGACUUUCGUAUUCCCGUCCAUAAAUGGGAGGAAACCAGAAGAGAGAAGUGGCCAUGUCGCGGUUCAUUAUGACGGCUAUAUAGUGGUCUGGGGAGGCUACCAUCGUGUACGUAUCGAUUAUCACUUUGAAAAUAAGCGGCUAGAAAUUCAUUCUUCGGGUGAUACUCUAACCUUACGUUUUAUAGGAUCACCAGAGGUUAGAGAUCUCGCGCUUGCUAGAAGAUGCUCGGCUGUAGCAUCAUGUUUAUGUUAUUACUUUAAGAUUUUAUCCCCGGCUUCCCCCGGUUGUCCCCCGGAGGUGGUACUAGACCCAUGCUGGGUAUUCGGGAACCCCUGCAGGUUUGUAAACCGUACGAUAUGUACCAUGUUUAGGGAAAAAAAGGACAAACCUCUUUAUGUUGACUCACGACCUCCUGAAUAAAUAGAAAUGAACCUCUUCGAAUUUUGAUCACUAAAAACUCAGCAACAGCCUUGCAGCCAUACUUUGUUUAGGACAGGUCCAGGUCCAGACUUGAUUAAAGUUUAAAAUACCUGUUCACAGCGGCAGGGCCAAAAACCAUACCCUAUCCAGCAGUAUGUCCCCAUAUACACUGCAGUCAAAUGAUUAUGAGCAAAAUUAAUAUAAUAUUGUUAUUUCAUUUCAGCAUGGUCCUGAGGUGGCUUUUCCUGGAGUUCAUUUUGUAGUUGAUAAGUAUCACCAUAGUAAUGAGGUGUGGCUGUAUUGCAUUGAGACAUCCACAUGGUAAGCUCUGUCUUUCACGUAAAAAGCCCUCUUUUAUAUUAGUGUUUUCUAACAAAAUGGUGGCUGUCAAUUCUUGAAAUCAUUUCUAUACACAUUUUGUUUAUACAGCUCCUGAUAUUUUUAGGAAGCAAAUUGAAACAAGUGGAGAAGAGCCACCUCCUAUGUCAGGAUCAUCUGCAUGUGUAAUGGAAGGAAAAUCAAUGUUUAUCUUUGCUGGACAUUGUGACGGGGGACCAACCUCCACUGUAUGUUGGUAACUCUGCCUCAAAACACAGUUUUCAUUAAGAAUUCUAGUGGCAGGAGAAGGUGUAACAUUACAGGAGAAUAUUGGAAAGAGGCUCCAUGUCUGAAUAAAAAAUGGUCGUAGGCUACUGAACGUUAGCUGGGGAAUUCUGUGUAGUAAACAGAGAAUUCCCCGAUCUCCAAUGCUUAUAAUGAACACCCUGAAUACAGUUCUUGUUUUGCAGAAUAGACCUUGUCACGGUUUUCGACGCCAUCUUGACGAGUAGGCAAAUGUGUGAGAAAUUACAGUGUUUGUAUGAGAAUCUAAUGUCGCAUAAUUUCUGUACAACAGCUGUUCUGAAAAAAAUAUGAUUUGUAAACUAAAGCUUUACUCCUAAGGAUUCUCCUGAAAAAAUUUGAGGGCAUUACAUGCUCUAGAAGACAUAGAGCCACUUUUUAAAAUUUUCUAUACAUUUGUCUGUAAGAAAGGCCCGGGAAAAUUACAGACAAAUAUAUGGAAAAUCUAAAGCAAGCCUCUGGAGAAAUUUAAGCACAGGUACGCCCCCAAAAUUUUUUACGACAAUCCUUUGCUUUGUAGCUUUAGUUUACAAUUGAUAUUUUUUUCAGAACAGCCGUUUUAUGGAAAUUAUUCGACAUUAGAUUCUCAUAGAAACACUGUAAUUUCUCACGCUUUUGCCUACUCGUCAAGAUGGCAUCGAAAACUGUGACAAGGUCUAUACAAACUUCACAUAAGCUUUUGUGUCCUCCCUGACAACUCAAAUAAUUCAGGUGGCAAUUAAUAUCAAUUUUUCAUGUCAUUUUCUUUCUGUCUAAGGUUUUUGUAUUAGAUUUAAAAACAUUUGUCUGGGAAAAUCUGACAAGUAGGAUCCAGGGAAACCCUCCUUCACCAAGGGACAAACUGUGCUGUUGGACUCACAAUGAUUUGUAAGUUGUAGCGAAUGAACAGUUACUGUAAUUCUGACUGUACUGAGACACGGUUCAUUUCAAAUACAAGAUGCAGUUUUUUCAUCCAAUAUCCAGGCACUGAGAAGAUGCCUUGUCAUCAAGAUAACAAGCUGAAUAUUGAAUUAAACACUGUGUCAGCUGAGAGUGAUAUUUGUUAUAGCUUCUUUAAUAAUAUUGUUCAAGUCCUAAUAUCGUGGUGUUGAUCGUUCAUAAUUGCUACAAAUAAGUUCAAGUGAAUUAAAAUCGAGUUUAUAUAUGAAUACGUUAACUUACACAACUUUAUAACCAUGGUUCCACCCUCCCCCCCCCCCCCCCCCUCCCCCCCUCACCCUCCCUUUCUCUAAAAUUGGUGUCAUUGAAGUGUGAUUUUUGUUAUAUUCUUUUAUAAAAUUUUUUCAAGGCCUAAACCGUGAGUUUUGUAACUCAUAAUUGUUAAAAAAAAAUUUCAAGAGAAUUAAAACCAGUUUUUAAAUUGAAACCUUUACCUUAACCAAUUUUAAACCCUGGGUUCCCCCCCCCCCCCCCCCCCCCCCCUUUACCCCAAUGUGCUGUUCUUUAUCAUAGUGGAGGACUGUGCCUUGAUGAGCCUGUUGGCCAUAUCAGCUGGAUAUAACACUACCAUAAUCUCUCUGUGAGCAUUGGUAUUGAUCAAUAAUAAUAUAAAUAGGUUCCUGGAGAUGAAGAGUAUAAAAAGCACUAAAUGUCAAAUGGAAUAGAAUCAUGGUAUUAUUUUCAACUAAAUUUCACCUUAGGAUUCUAUAUUUUGGAGGAUAUGGCUUGGCUCCAGACCCUGAGAGAGUAGACCAGUCUAAUGGAUAUUUCACUUUUAAUUCCAGUGGUGAGGAGCAAUUUACAGUAAGUUAAAAAUUAUAGUAUUCUUAAGGUUUCAACAAAACCUGGGUGAGAUAAGCCUCUUGGAAGCUACUAAGUGAUAGCAGUUAGGAAUAUGGUUAAUAGGGUUGAUCCAUUCCAAGUUUUGUUGACCCUGGUAAUUUCUGACUGACUUAUCUCAUUUAUUGCUGUGUUAUAAUUUUUGUGUGUGUAAUAAUUAUAUUAUUUUCACUGAUUACAGUGGAACCUCGAUUUAAUGAACUGUUAUAUUAUAAAGAUGUCCUCGGUAUAACGAUUGAUUUUCUUCAGCCUAGCCAAAAUUACAAAUGCAUGGAACAGAGCCUCAAUAUAACAAACCUCAAUUUAAUGAAAUCCUCGUUAUUACGAGCACAAUCCAGUAACACAAACAUAAAAUAUACCUCGUAUAAGGAAUAAAUGUCAACAUGUGACCGAAGGAUAGCUAAAGAGGAAUAUGCGAAACAGACCAAUACAAGGAUAAAAAUUUUGUGUACAGCAGUUUUAAGCAGUUUUGUUUGCCUGUUCUUGUGUUUCUAGAGCCAUAGUUAUGUAAAGCUCUGAACUGAGAUAAUAGAUUUUUAUACAAAUGUUUAUUACAGAAAUUGGUCAGAUCUGGAAAUGCUGGGCAUUGGAAAAAAAAAAGACAAUUUGCUUGUGUUGUUUUUUUUUUCAAAAUUUAAUUAAUUGAGGCUUUUGAUGUAAUGAACCCUCAACAUAAUAAACAAAUUUUCCCGGUCCCUUGGCACUUCCUUAAAUCAAGGUUCUUCUGUAACUAUAUCUUAAAUGUGGUUGGCACCCUGAAGGCUAGUGUGGGAGAGGGGCCUGGAUGGGUUUAAGAUAGGACAAGUAGUUCUGGGGAUGAUCCUGGGCAUGGUAGACAACUAGUUCUGGGGAUGAUCCAUUUUAGAAUUUAGCGAUUCAGUUGUUAAAGACUCUUGGGCACCCAAUCAGCUUCACUUAGGACGAAUUAAGCAUUAAUCACAAUCUAACUUAACAACAGGAUAACAGAGGAUGGAACAGCCACUUGUUUGUAUUGGAUACAAGUAGUCUAACAUGGAUCCAACCAAAAACAAAGGUGUGUUACAAAUGUAGUUGUUCAAACUGAAAUUCAGGUUCAGAGUGUUUCAACUUUGUUUGAUUCUCCUUGUCUCUUAGCCCUAAUUAUCAUUAGCAUUCAUAAAGUUCAGGAGACAAAAGAAUUUGAUGAUGUCAUUUAUAAUCAUAAGUGACAAAGAAGGUGAGAAUCAAACUAGGCACAAAUCAUUCAAGUCUGAAAUAUUUCAUUUGAAACUACAAUUAACACAAAUAAAUCCACCGCACACCCCUCCCCUUCUUGGGAGGUUGGGAGUUUGGGGAUAGUUAAAUAUAGAGUGUUUCCUUUUUAGAAGCCUUGAUCACAUUGAAGCCCUCCUUGUAGAAAUGCUCCAUUCCACUUAAAUUAAAAGGGGUAGCAGGGUUGUCAGAAAGUUUUGAAGUAGACAGCUGAGUUGUCAAAGUAAGCGGCCAGUCCGGGAAUAUUUUAUUUAAGAAAUGCCAUCCGUAAAGAAAUGCUAAGCAGAGUAGCCAGCCAACACUAACCAAGUAGGUGGCGAUUUUUGCCAGCAGCCGGCUACUUUUGACAACCCUGGGGUAGAAUUAUUUCAUUUGUCAACUGAAAAUUCAAAAUACUGUAAAAGUAAGUGCAAAAGGUAUUGGAUGGAUAGGCCUUAUUUGACCAAGUUCUAUCAUGGAAGCUUUCCACAGACUGGAACAAGGUUUUAACAGUUUGGCUGCUGAUUCAAUUCAAAAAGCUACAAUACAAAGUUACAAAUUGACUUUCCUGUUACAACUACUUUUUUUCGUGUCUUUAGGGCAGACCACCAUCUCCAAGAGCAGCCCAGGCAUCUGCUCAAAUUGCAAAUAUGGCCUAUCUCUUUGGAGGAAGACAUAUGGUAUGGUAAUAAAUAAUAAUAUAGUAAAACGAAACUUGUUCUUCUGAAACUGAGGACGUGUACACAUGGUCUAAAUUCCUUUACUUAUUUCACAACGAAUCACUGGAAUUUACUACCUGACAAUGCUAGAACUGCUAGGAAUAUACGUAGUUUUAUACCAUUCUUAGAUGACACUAUAAGUUAUUGUAAUACAAUUUGUUGUUUAUUUUUUAAUUGAUGUACAUUGUUGUAAAUAGUUAUGUGGUCAAAAUUAUUUUUAAUAUUAUCAUCUAUUGUACUCGAUUGUUUUAUUAAUAUAUUUUGUUUCUUUUCAUUCAGAGAUACUUAAUAGCAGCAAUGCUACUCUUUAAUCUCAAUGUUGAAAUAAAGGUUAUUUAUCUAUCUAUCUACACUACCAUAAUCUUCGACAAAGAUUUAUUACACUAUUUGCUAUCUAUUAAAAAGCUAAAAUGUGCCUCCGCGUCAAUUGAAUUACAAAAAACGGUCCAGUUUAUUUCUUUAAGACUAUAAUUAGUUAUUGAAGCUAUUUCCUGUGUUUGGGUUAUUCAAAGCUAUAUUAAGAUAACCCAGUGCAAAAUUUGAAUUCAUAUAUAAAACCUUAAAAAGCCAAUUCAGUUUAAUUCUCUUUGCCUACAAUUUGAUGAUUGGAUGCUCUAAAAAGAAUAGUGAAAAUUAUUCUCAGGGGCAGAUCUAGGGGGAGGGUGCAGGGGGUGCCCACCCCCCCCCCCCGAGAUGACCUGCGGUUUUCUAAUACAACUGGUAUUCUGCCAAAAACAAACUCUGUGGUUUAUUGGUGUUGAAGUAGAGCAAGAGAAGAGUGCACCCCCUCCUAAAAAAAAUCCUGGAUCCGCCCUUGAUUCUGCAAUAAGUACAGGUGCUACAGUCUAAUCUUAAAAUAUGAAACAAUGUUUUUAGGAAAGACGGCGGAAUGACUUGCAUUCUCUCAACAUGGACACGUUGGAAUGGAGUGGCAGGUGAUUUCAGUAGAUUUUUUAGAUAUCGAAAAAUUCCACAUUCAGUGCCUCAGUGUUGUUGCGUAGUAGACUCUUUGAUGCAUGUUUGAUUUGAAGAAGUUCCUUACUAACUUGAUUUCAUUACGUGCUUUCCUUAGUAUCUCUACUACGGGAAAUGUUCCUCAAGGUAGAACAUGGCAUUCUCUAUCUCCAGCAAGCGACAAACAUUUGUUUCUUUAUGGAGGUUUCAACAAUGAUCAAGACGCACUAGGUAUGUAGUAGUGUGGAAAGUGCAAAAUAGUCCUAUAGUUGUGAGUUGUCAAGAACGCGCGGGCAGUCUAACAAAAGGUCUGGGCUUUGAGGCUCGCGCGUUUUGCUCGAGAAUCUCAUGCCUCGCACCUUGAAGUACGAUUUUAAGACCGUUUUGUUGUCCAACAGUAUUCUAGCUUUUAAGCACUUAAGUUCAAAAAGAGAGGUCAAAGAUUACAAAAAUCCAUUUCUCGAUUGACAUCCCCGAAAAGAAAGUAACGCCUGUUCUGUAGGCUAACCUCAACUAUCCAAGAAAGUUGCUGCUUUAUACCUGCAGGGUUUUUUAAGGUAGUCGCUGUCCGUUUUCAAGAGUACCGGUGAAGAGGAUUUCUAUACCUGAAAGAAAAAAGCAUGAAAAGACACGGGCAGUGACUGCACAUGUUUGACGACGCCUUUUUCGGAGAAAAACUGAACACAAAAUAUCUCAAAGAUCGUUAUACCGAUCAAAUUCAUACAUUCUAUCUAGGAUCGUACAAUCUUUCAAAAUCUCUGAAAUCUCUGACUUAUAAUUAUGUUCACUGUGUUGUAGAGUGUUGUAUGUCAUCGCGCGAAUCCGGGCGAAAUGCUAUCAGGCGAAUCGACUUUCGGGCGAGACGACCGCAGUUCAUGAGAAAGAAGCUGUGUUGGUGAAUUUUCUGAAUAUAGAUCGCGAACAGUCUUGUGGCUCACCAGUAAUUUUGAGGAAGUAUGAUAGAAUAAUCGUAGUUUAGACACCAUGCGAACCGUUGUCUAUGUUAUUUAAGGUAUCCCGUAACAGCUGAUGUUUCAGUUUAGUUAUAUUUUGUUGUGUUCAGGUGAUGCUUACAUUUUAGUGGAAGUAUGAUAGAAUAAUCGUAGUUUAGACACCAUGCGAACCGUUGUCUAUGUUAUUUAAGGUAUCCCGUAACAGCUGAUGUUUCAGUUUAGUUAUAUUUUGUUGUGUUCAGGUGAUGCUUACAUUUUAGACACCUCAACUAUGACUUGGUUCCAGUUGACAGUCCCUUCAAAUCCAAGGUAAAUAAACCUGUCGUACAAGCUAAGAGUGUAAGUUAAUUUGAACCGUGAAUAAUCUUAGGUAUGUAGAGAACGGACCCUUGGGGCCAGGAUGAUAAAAUACCGAAGCAGUUGAAAAAGAACCCCAACAAAUUGAAUAAUUUCGAAUAUUGUGAUUCAUUUCGGAAAUUUAAAUAUUAUUUAAGCAGUAUGAUCUUUCUCUCUGUCUGCAAAUGAAAGAAAAUUUUGGUCAGGUCUAAAAAUAGUUCGGCACCAGGAGCCAUAAUCGGGGUAUAAUCGGCCAUAAUCGGGCUACCUCGAUCAUGACUCCUGUCGGCAUAUUUCCCAUAACAUUCAUGUUUUAUUUAUCAGCUCACCAAUGACCCGGAUGUGGCACACAGCCUGUUGUACAUCUCUUCCUGGCGAAGUUGUAAUUUUUGGAGGCUGUACUUCAUCUGUAUUAGACGAUGACCCGGUAAUGUCACUUAACUUUACUAGAAGUGGUGAUCCCAUACCCUAUCUGUGGUGUCUAACACUUGAACUUUCCAACACGUCAUGAAUUAUGUGGUGGACUUAAAUUGUAGAUCUAGCGUUAAUGUCCAUUCUAUGAUGUGACCAUUGAAAAAACCUUCCUGAGAGUUUUGUCAGUACCGUUUGCUUUUUAGAAUUUUACAAAACGAAGUUGGAUAUUUCUUUCUCGGACUAACAUCGGGGGCAUAAAAUCACUGUACCAGGGCGUCGCCUUCUGACAGCGGUGCAUUCUCAACUCCACAUUAUAUACUUACAGAUUCUUUAGAGGAGUAAUGUUAUGUUUAUUAUGUUUCUUUUCUGUUUUUUUUUUUUUAUCAAAGUUGACCCUGUUACUGUCCGCCCCAGUUAAUCCAGGCAAUCUACUUCACUGAGUGGUCAAUGGAAAGUUUUAACACUAUGUGUUCUCUCUUCUUUAGAAUCACACCGCCAGUAUUCUGAUUUUUAGAUUCACACCUCCGCGCCUGAAUUGGUAAGAAGAUGCUUAUAUAAUAUAUGUAAAAAAAACAUGUGCUUUAUAGAAAAGUAGUUCAGAGGACGGUAAUGAGUGUGAUAGACGAGCAGCGUUGUAUUUGUUGCUUUAUGUAAAAGGAUUAAAGGUUAAAGCUUUAAUUAGUUUCAUGUCCUUGUUUCUAUUGGCAGUUGUAGUUACCAAAGGUCCACAUAAGUGCAGAACAAUAUUUUGUCUUGUAUUAUUGUGGCUGUCAGUUAUUUGUUUAAGUCGGUAGAAAACUAUCAGUUGGGAAUAUUUCCAGCAAGGGAAGGGGAGGGGAGGGAAUGGAGCUAUCACCUGACAACGAGAAGACAACGCAAAGGCGUCCUCCUUUUCUCACAGCCACACAUGCAAGCGAAAUCGUCGGUUUAAUUCGCGAUCGCUCCACUAUCUAAAGAGAAAAAGAAAAUGCUUGCGAUCUACACCUUAGCUAAAUUUUAUAACGCACAACGAUUUUGUGCGAGGGUAAAGCAUAAAGGGACGGAGGACUAAGAGGCAGGCGGUUUUACAUUUAUUCAGACAGACUUAAAUCCUGAAUUUACUUAACAUGUAACUUACAGGAAGACAAUUUUUCCUGCAGGUUGUGUGCUGAUGCCAUUGUCAACAAGUACUACUCCACAAUAUCCAAGCAACUCAAGUCACUUCCUAAAAAUCUCCUGGCGUCACUAUUCCUUCACAGAAGAUUGAAAGCUCUUGGCAAGAUAUGAUCAUCUCUACUAGCUCUUCAUCACAAUCCGAGCCCAUUCAAUCUAGUAACUUGGGUCCCAGAGAGAAGUAUCUUUGGUUUAUUUUUUUAAGGACAAGUCAACAUUGUGUCCGUGGAUUGAAAGCUCUUGGCAAGAUAUGAUCAUCUCUACUAGCUCCUCGUCACAAUCCGAGUCCCUUCAAUUUUGUUUCUUGACUGUCAAUAGCGUCUGAGGUAUGCCAUAAAUGACUGUAAAAAGGUUAACUUGGGUCCCAAAGAAAAGUGUCCUUGUAAGGAUAAGUCAACAUUGUGUCCGUGGUCAAAGCUGUGAAAUUACCUAACUCCGUCUUUCUGAAAUUGAGAAGCAUUGCGUUUUACUCCUGUUAAUGUUCGGAC